AUGGGGGGCGCGGGGGUCCCGGGCCGCCUCCUCCUGCGGGCCCUCCUGGUCCUGCUGGGGCUGCGCACGCUGCUGCCGGCCCGCUCGGCCCGCCCCGAGGCGGUGGUGGUGGUGCCCCGGAGAGUGACCCCCCGAGGCCGGGCCGGGGAGGCCGACGUGCCCGGGGCGCUCUCCUACGUCCUGCCCGUGGACGGCCAGAGCCGCCUGCUCCACCUGCGCCCCAAGAAGCUGCUGCUGGCCCCCCGUCUGCCCGUCUUCACCUACACCGACCGCGGGGCCCUGACCGUGGACCAGCCCUUCGUCCCUGACGACUGCUACUACCACGGCUUCGUCGAGGGGACCCCGGAGUCCCUGGUGGCCCUCAGCACGUGCACGGGCGGCCUGCGCGGGAUGCUGCAGCUGGGCCCCCUCGUCUACGAGAUCGAGCCCCUGCCGGCCUCGGCCGGCUUCGAGCACGCGCUCUCCCGGACGGGGGCCGGGGAGGCCGGCCCGGAGACCCCCGGCCUUUGGUGUGGUGUGACGGAGGAGGAGAUCCGGCGGCAGGCCUCCGAGAUGCAGGGGAAGGCGGCCCCGGAGCCCACGGAGUCGCCCGACGACGACCGGCGGUGGACGCACAGCCGCUUCCUGGAGCUGGCCGUGGUGGUGGACAACACGCGCUUCGUCCUGUCCGGCAAGAACCAGAGCAGGGUGCUGAGGCAGGUCCUGGACGUCCUCAACCUGGUGGACACCCUCUACAGGCUGCUCGACGUGCGCGUCUACCUGGUGGGCCUGGAGAUCUGGACGGACGGCAACCGUGUCGAUGUCACGCGGAGCAUCGGGAAGGUUCUGGCCGACUUCAACGCCUGGCAGCGGGGGCACCUGCUCCCCCGGUUCUCCUACGACUCGGCCCACCUGAUCGUCAACCAGCAGUACGGCAUCACCCUGGGGCUGGCCUACGUGAAGACCAUCUGCAACAACCACUACGCCUCCGCCGUCCUCUCCUUCUUCGACUACCACCUGCUCAAGUUCGCCGUCGUCUUCGCCCAUGAGCAGGGCCACAUCUUCGGGAUGACUCACGACACGGCCGGCUGCGUCUGCAAGCGGGACAAGUGCAUCAUGAGCGAGUUCACCGCCGACACGGAUGUCUUCAGCAACUGCAGCUACCGGGAGUUCUUCGACGCGACGAGCAGGCAGGGCAAGUGCCUCACCAAUGUCCCCGGGCCUGCCGCGCUCGUCACUGUCGAGCGCUGUGGGAACCGCGUUCUGGAAGGCGGGGAGGAGUGUGACUGCGGGACGGUCGGGGAGUGCCGGGAGGAUCCCUGCUGCCAGUCCAACUGCAGGCUGCGGCCCGGGGCCACCUGUUCCGUGGGGGGAUGCUGCGAGAGGUGCCGGACCCUCCCGGCGGGGCAGCUCUGCCGCCCGCAGGCCGGCGACUGCGACCUGCCCGAGUACUGCGACGGCGUCUCGGCCCGCUGCCCCGGCGACGUCUACAUGCUGGACGGCACCCCCUGCCAGGAGGACGCCCUGUGUUUUGAUAACGUCUGCCACGGCCACAACCGGCAGUGCCGGAGCGUCUUCGGGCCGGGGGCCAGGAGCGCCUCGGCGGGUUGCUUCCGGACAGUGAACAUGGAGGGCGAUCGGUUUGGUAACUGCGGGAUGGGGAGGGACGGCUACCUCAAGUGCGCCGAGGACCAUGUCCUGUGUGGGAGGCUCCAGUGCGAAAACGUUCGGGAGAUCCCCCGCCUGGAGGAGCACACCACCGUCCUCCAGACGCUCUUCAAUGGCACCGUCUGCUGGGGGACCGAUUACCACUUCGGGAUGAACGUCGUUGAUGUCGGGCACGUGCGGGACGGGACCAUGUGCGGCCCGAGGAAGAUGUGCCUGGCCAGGAAGUGUGUCGACAUUUCCGCCCUGAGACACGACUGUAACCCGGCCACGUGCCACGGGAGAGGGGUGUGCAACAAUCACCAGCACUGCCACUGUAUGUACGGCUGGGAGCCCCCCCUUUGCGACGUCCACGGUUUCGGGGGCAGCGUCGACAGCGGGCCCGCCCCUGCCAAGCUCCAGAACCAUUUGUACAUCCUGCUCAUCGUCCUGGGCAUCUGUUUCCUUCUCCUUGUCUCCGUGAUCCUACUGUGCAUGAAGUUCGGACCCCGGUUCGUCCCCGGAGUGAUCCAGAGGUCCCGCCGAAAGAAACGAGACCCGCAGGCCGAGCCCUCUCAAGAUAAGACCGUCCCGAGCCAGGCUUCGUUCGAAGAAGAGGGCGGACCCUCGAGGCCUUGAACUGCCGGGGUGUUUUCGGGCACCUACUCCCUCCGAGAGCCGGGUUGCGCAGGUAGAGAAUGAGAGUAUAAAUGUAAACGCUGUGCUGUUCGGGUUGCUUUUUUAAAAAAAAACAAAAAACAAAAAACAAAAAAACCCUGUGAGAGCAAAUUUACUUUCUCCGAUCCGCCAAAAAGGCAAAUAAAAGUUGUGUCAUCUUGAACGAAUUCCAUUAUCCCGCAUUUGGCAUCUCUCCGCCUGUGCCGGUGAGGCACUCGGUCCCGAAACCCAGCCCGGAAGGAUUUACUCCCUUGAUCCGCCAUGCUCCUUGGCACGUCUGGAGAAUGACAUGAUAAUCCGCGCAUAAGCG